AUAGGCUAAAGCGUCCCAUCCCAUUGGAUACUGCAGGCCAUAAAAAUUUCAAGAAAAAGCAGUGUGUCAUUCCGCUUUAGGUUUCUUCUGUGAUGGAUUAAAAAUUUGUUUACCAACUGCAAAUCCACGUUCGGCAACAAACAUUGCUUCUUCGUAAAAUCCAGUCAAAAGUCAAGAGCAAGUAUAAGAGAGAUUUAAAAUAUGACGGAGCGCAAAGUGCCGAAACUAAUAGUCUUCGAUUUAGAUUAUACCUUAUGGCCAUUCUGGGUUGACACACAUGUAACUCCGCCUUUUCAAAAAGGGAAGGGAAAUGAAGUUGUCGAUGCUCACGGCCAAAAAAUAAGGUAUUACAAAGAGGUACCUGAUGUUCUUGAAGAUUUAACAAAACAAAAAUUUGAGCUCGGGGUUGCUUCAAGAACAUCCGAGAUACAAGGGGCAAAUCAGUUAUUACAACUGUUUGGAUGGGACAAGUACUUCAAAUAUAAAGAAAUUUACCCUGGUUCAAAAGUUACACAUUUCGAACGAUUUCACAAAAACUCUGGAUACAGUUAUAGAGAAAUGUUAUUUUUUGACGAUGAACAUCGAAAUAUACAGGAUUUAACAAAAGUAGGAGUUAUGUCAAUAUUAGUUCAAAAUGGUGUGAAUCAUUCUGUUGUUAAAAAUGGUCUAGAAAAAUUCUCCAAGCAGUAAUUAUUCACAUACAAUUCCUUAAGUACAAAAGAGGUAGAAUUUAUUAGUAUAAUUGUCAACUCUCUAAAAUAAAUCGUAUAUACAUUAUAAUAUGUACAUAACUAGAAACGGUACAUAAAAGUAGUAUAUAGAAUGAUUAA